AUGCCAUGGUGCUGUGGCUUAGCAAAUACUGGUGGAACAACAUCAACAGCUCUUAUCACUUCGGAUAGUGAUAAUUUUGUUCAACAACCAUUAAAUGCAACAAAUACUGGUAGUGGAACUGCUAGACGAAAAUCAUUUAUUAUACCUGAUAAUUUUGGUCCUAUGCUUUUACAGCCAAAAAAAACGGCAAUGUUUGUAACAGGAAAUCGGCAGCCAAAUGAUUGUCUUUUUAUUGAAAGUCUUCGAUCAAAUGGCUGGCAAGUUGUUAAAACAUCAGCAGGUGUUGCAGAAGUUAAUUAUCAACAACAAAAACCAUUAUUAGUUCUGGUAGAUAUUCGCCUACCUGAUAUUGCUACCUUCGCCAAGUAA